AUGCAGGUUUUCAAGUCGAUCGCCAUAUCCUUGGCGGUUGCCCGCGCAUAUGCCGCAACAGCGACGACAACUGGCGAUUCUUCGAUGAUAACGGGCUGCCAUGCCCAUGGAGACGAAGUCUAUUGUAUUGACUCGGCGGGAGACGAGGUGCUGGUUUCCGUAACCGCUACACCAACAGCUGGGAUUCCUGCAUCUUAUACAGGCUGCCAUUCACAUGGCAGUCAAACAUACUGUCUAGAUUCGAGUGGCGAAGACGUUCUCGUCGGCGAAGAAGAACCACACGACCACGCUCACGAGAGUGAAGAAGAGACGACAGAUACAGAGUCCUCGACCAAUUGCCAUUUUCAUGCCGGCGUGGAACACUGCGUUGGCGGAGGCGAAUCGGAAGGGUCACCAUCCUGUGGAGUACAAACGAGAGAUUAUGACAUCCCACUGCGGAUUGGUACAUUGUUCGUGAUCCUGGUUACAAGUGCGAUCGGUGUAUUUGCCCCGAUACUCCUUGUCAAGCUGCCCUUCGCUUCCGUGAACUCGGUUGUCAUGACCGUCAUCAAGCAAUUCGGAACCGGCAUCAUAAUUUCAACGGCAUUCAUUCAUCUUUACACUCAUGCCACUCUCAUGUUCACCAAUGACUGCCUCGGCGAGCUGGACUACGAGGGAACAACCUCUGCCAUUGUCAUGGUUGGAAUAUUUCUCGCCUUUUUACUUGAGUAUUUCGGCCAUCGUGUCAUGGCAGCCCGUGCCAGAAAAGGCUCUGCACCUUGUACAGAUGGCCCCGGGUGCCAAGAGGAAUCCGAGUCCCGCAAAGACGGAUCGCAAUCCCCUCAACAUCCCACAAUCGCGCAUCUCGGUCACUCGCACGGCGAGGAUCCCACUAAGCCUGCGACAAAGUUCUCUGUCCUCGUUAUGGAAGCCGGUAUUCUCUUCCACAGUAUCCUGAUUGGUCUGACCUUGGUCGUUGCCGGUGAUUCAUUUUAUAAAACUCUUCUGGUGGUGAUUGUGUUCCACCAAUUCUUCGAAGGUCUCGCCCUGGGUGCUCGGAUUGCUACGCUGCCGGGAGCGAUCUUCCCAUCGAAGGCGUUAAUGGCAGCUGCGUUUUCUCUGAUUACACCUAUCGGAAUGGCGAUUGGACUUGGCGUUUUGCAUUCUUGGAAUGGGAAUGAGAAAAGCAAUCUCAUUGUGUUGGGGACGUUGGAUGCCCUCUCUGCUGGAAUUCUGGUUUGGGUUGGCGUGGUAGAUAUGCUGGCUCGGGAGUGGAUUAUCGAGGGAGGUGAGAUGCUGAAUGCGAAAUUGGGCAAAGCGUUGACUGGUGGUGUGUCGUUGGUAUCUGGUCUUGUGUUGAUGUCUGUGCUCGGAAAAUGGGCUUGA